AUUCGCCACCUUUUGCCGGCAGCUCUUUUAUAUUCAAUUUUGUAAAUUUGUGUAUUUUUAGUGAGUAGGCAUUUUGUGCGAUAACGAACACGAACGUAAACUACGCUUAACCAUGUCCAAGGAGGACGAGACCGUUGCCGCCCGUUGCAAUGUUGAACAUUUCAAAGAGCCGAAAUCCGACACUACAUCGUCGCACUCGGAAGAACUGGAUAACGAUGCUACGCUGGAAACGGACCGCGGCAAGCGGUUCAAUUUUUUGCUGAAACAGGCGGAGAUUUUCUCCUACUUCAUGCUAUCGGCCCCGGCAAAGGAAUCAUCACCACCCAAGGUGAAGGGCAAACCGCAGAAAGGAGGCGACCGAGGAGAGAAGCAACCCGCCGCGAGCACCAGUAGCGACCAGUACCAUCGCCAUCGAAAGACGGAACAGGACCAACCACCCAUACCCAUACCUGUUUUAUGGUACUGAGUCUGGUCCAGAACAGCAGAACAAUGGACGUUUUGGAAAACUUGUAGAUCGAACUUCAGAACUGGUCUUCAGUCAGAUGACACGCAUGUUGGACAUUUUGGAGGAUUACUGCUACUGGCGUGGCUAUCAGUACUGUCGUCUGGAAGGUCGAAUCCCACGAGGAUCGUACGAAAAUAAUUGACGGUUACUAGUGCUGAGAACAGCCGGCGGGUAUCUAUUUGGCCACAGGUGACGUAGACAUUAUCUACGACUCAGAUUGGAACCCUCAGAUGAAUGUACAGGCUAUGGAUCGUGCUCACAGAAUUGGACAGAAGAAACAGGUCCGUGUGUUCAAUCUUAUUACUGAAAAUACCGCCGAAGAGAAGAUCGUUGUACGUGCGGAAAUCAAGCUCAAACUGGAUAAAUGGGUCAUUCAGCAAAAGCGUUUAGUGGACAAUAAAAUCAAUCGACUCAACAAGGAUGAAAUGUUGACCAUCAUUCAAUUCGGUGCCAAUCACGUUUUCCAGUCCAAGGACUCAGAGAUCACCCACGAUGACAUCGACCAUAUUCUGCAGAAAGAAAAAGGGCAAACUGCCAAGCUGGAUGAAAUGUGCGAAUCUUCACCAGUCUUCACUGCGUAGUUUUACCUUGGACACUGGAAACCUCAAAACAGUUCAGUCCAUCAGUUCGAAGGAGAGGACUAUCGUGAGCAACAAAAACUGCACGCUCUAGGCUCCUGGAUUGAACCACCAAAACCAAAGUACCGAAAGCUCCCCGGCCUCCGAAGCAACCAAUCCAAUCCAGAACUUCCAGUUUUUCCCACCCAUCAGGAUGUUCUAGCUGUUCGACCAGGAAAUCUACCAUUAUUGUAAAGCGGUCAACUACAUGGUCCCCAAGAACCCAGACCUGGGCAUGGAAGCAACCAAGGUCCAACGAGAGGAACAGCGUACGAUCGACGAAGCGGACCCGCACAGCGAUGAAGAGCUGCUCGAGAAAGUAUCGCAGCUGACACCAAUUGGAACAAACGAGGCGUCAAUCAAUUCAUCAAAGCCAACGAAUUUAAAACAUUGCCAAGGAGGUAGAGAGCAAAACACCGGAAAACGUUAUGGAGUACAGCACGGUCUUCGAGGAUCGAACGAGGCGAGGUGAAGAUUCAAUGCCGGGAAUCGAUUACGAAGGUCCUUGACAGUAAGACUCGACCUUAUCUACAUACACCAACUUUAACAUCAUCGGAGAUGUGGUCUAUCGGAAGUAACGGGAGAAAACAUCUGCCUACACAGAAGGUAAUGAUUCUGGCAGUGCGGUUUCCUUGAAGAGCUGCAGAGAUAUGAAUCAGAAUUCAUGGAAGAGGAAAAAGGCCUAAGGCGCAGUUUUUAUAUAUAUUUUAUAUGUAAAAUGGUUUGUAAAAUGUU